AUGCCCUCCCAACGCCUCCGCACCCUCCGCACCCUCCUCCACCUAACCACCAAAAACAGCGACGCCUUCCUCCUCCACCUAACCCGCCUCCUCUCCACCACCACCGGCCUCGACGCAACCCUCUGCACCCUCCAAUACACCCUCACCUUCGUGCACUCGCAACUCGUCCGCCUCCUCACGAACAAAUAUGAGAAACUCGCCAUCUCCAUCGCGAGCAAGGCCUCCGAGACGAUGCUGCCCGGCGAAGCACUCGUCGCGACGAUCGAAGCGCCGCAUGUGACGUUGACGGAAUGGUGCGCGGGUGUGAAGGCUUUGGGCGAGACGACGGAUGAUGUGAGGACGUUUUUGAGGCUUUGGGGUCUCGCGAACAUUUACACUUGGGCGCGUGAGACAUACCUUUACCCGAAACGCGACCCCGCGAUCAAGUUCCUCGUCUGGGCGCGUAUAUUCGCGAGUGUUGGGUUUCAGUUCUAUGAGAAUGGCGCGUACCUGAUCAAGAAGGGGGUUUUGCGAGGGCAGAGAUGGGCGGAUAGGGAACCGAGGUGGUGGGUUUGGAGUUCGAGGUUCUGGAUGGCGGAGGUGGUAUUGGAGAUGCUGAAGCUGUUGAGGGUGCGGCAGUUGAAGUACAACGAGGAGUUUGGGGCGGAGAAAGUGGAUGAGGAUGACAAGGGCGUCAAGGUGCAGAGCAAAGAGCUGGAGCAGCGGUGGUGGAAGGACUUAUACGCCAAUGGUGGCUGGUUCGCUCCCAGUCUGCAUUACAGCUUCCACAACGAGGAGCACAGUCCUGUGACUGAAGCGUGGCUCGGGCUAUCAGGCGUGAUACCGGGAGCGAUAGCCCUGCGAGAGGCAUGGCGAGCAACGGCGUAA